AUGGCCGGGCUGUUGGCUCCCGGCGGCCCCCGCGCGAACUACAAUUCCCAGCGGGCCCUGCGAACCCGGCGGCCCCACCCGUCUGACCAAUCGCGGCGGCGCGUCGCUGUGGCGGGAGAUUUAAAAGUCCGCCCCGGGGCUGCGCACCGCUCAGGGAGAGGCGGACAGCGGGAGGCGGUCUCUGGGUUCAGGUUUCAUUUGGUGGCUUUAAGGAUGGGAGACUGGGGAAUGGACGCAUCACCAGAUGCCAAGUAUUUUGCCUGCCGGCACAUGUCACGGUACCCGUCCCCUUCCUCCAGCUGCAGUAGCCUGACCCUGCACUGCUCGCCCGUCCUGUCCAAGGCAAAGCUCUUCCAUCCCCUUGACUUCUGCUGCAGUGACAACAUUGAGGAUUGCCUCUCACUCCUCAACAAGGAGCAGGUGUUUGCUCGCGAGCGGGAGAUCACUGAACUGAGAGACAAGGAGCGAGCGAAGCAGAAUAACUUUGUGCAGCUGACUGAGAAGCUGGAGAGCAGCAGAGACGAGGUGACGAGGCUCCAGGGUGUGAUGAUGAGCCGAGCUGCUCAACACGCCCUUGAGCUGAGGAGGAAAGAGCAGGAGCUGAACCGCCUGAAGGAGAGGCUGAUGGAGAAAGUAGAGCGAAAGAUCGCUCUCGAUCUCCUGAACCCGGUUGGCCGGCUGGACGGGAAGCGAGCUUUGUGGAGGACGGGGAGAACCAAGUCCAGGCGAGAGGAGGAGAUGUUCCGAGCUCUGUCCGGUCAGUACGAGGCUCAGAUGAAGGAGUUAGCGGCUGAGACACUUCACCUGAGGAACGUGUUGGAAAGGAUUGGGGCCGACGUGGACAACCUGCUCAGCCCUGAGAAGCUGCCCCCCCACUCCCCGUACCCCCCGCCCGAGGAGAAAGCGGUGGCGGACGGCCGGGGAAGUGCAGCUGCUGGUCUGACGGGGGGGCUGUGGAAGCGAUGGGAAUGUUUCAGGGAUUGGGUGGAGAGGCUGCGAGACGCAGCCCUGCGGGAGCCACGGGAGGGGGAGGGGGAGAUUCUCAGCGCGACCGACCACGACAAGGAGAUCGCUAAACUCCGGCUACAGGUCGAGAGGGAUCAGGAGAUCCUCAGCUUCCAACAGCAGCUCCUGCAGGAGCAGCUGGCGAUCUGGAGUGAGCCACUGCCCUGGGGAGGGGACGGGCUGGAGGAGCAGGAGAGACUGGCCAGCGAGCGGAUCCUGUUUGACGAGCAGCGGAGGAACUUCGAGACCGAGCGGGAGGCCUUCACGGAGGCAGCGAUUCGCCUGGGUCACGAGAGGAAGCAGUUCGAGGAGGAGAGAGCGCUGUAUAUAAAGGAGCGGUUUCUGAGCGAGUCUCCAGGCCGUGAUCGAAAGGCGACGCCAAAGUGGAAACUGCGAACCCCAUUGUCUGCUCUCGGUCCUCGGUACGAGAACGUGCAAACCCACACCGGAAAGCCCCCGAAGCUGAGCUGGGGGGGUGCCGAGCCCGUGCCUGUCCCCCCAUUCUGCACCCCCAACCCCCCACCUCGAUGUGACCGGGCGAACCUACUGCCGUCCACUGCCGAGUUGUACAAGGUGCUCAGACUCCACCUGGGUGAGAGCCGAGGAGAGCCAACGGCCAAGGGUGGGGCGGAGCGAGGGGCUGUGCGAGGAGCUCUCUUCCUGGACGACUGCGAUGAGUCUGAGCCUGAACAGACCCCUCGGCGUCUGUCAAUGGGUCUGAAAUAUUUUUAAAAUGUCAAUCGGGUUUCGGUGGUGGGAGAGGUGAGUGUGUGCGUGUGAAUGUGUCCAGUUUCUUAUUCAGGGAAUCCUUCCACUCAGCUUCUGUUAACAGAUAGGGUGGUCCUA